AUGGCCCCGAGCUCUAGAAGGGGUGGCAACACGGUGUUGACCUUGGGGCCUGGUCUCAACUACCCCAUCGAGAUCACCAAACUCUACAAGUCACCCGGUGAUCGUGUCAAACGACAAGAGCCGCUCUUCCAGUACUCCAACAAGAUUUGGGUUGAAGAAGGUGAUUUUGAAACCGGCGAGUACAAGAGGGUCCUCAAACCUACGCGUGUAGAAUGGUCAGCCCCGAAUGACGGCAAGCUAUCAAAAUGGCAUAUCAAAGUUGGCGAUGUCAUUGGCAGAGAUGGCGAGUGCGUCACAAUCGAAGAGGACUGCACACACGAAAUACAGUACCAAAAGAUGUGUGCGCUGUGCGGUCAGGAUAUGACACGGGUUGACUGGUCGGCUAGCAGGCCCAGUACAUCACGUGCCACAAUAAACAUGACCCACGACAAUACCGGUCUGUUGAUCAGCAGGGACGCUGCUGCGAGGACUGAUCUCGAAAUGCAGAAACGUCUCGUCGCUCAACGGAAGCUGGUUCUGGUGGUGGACUUGGACCAGACGGUGAUCCAGACGGCCUGUGAACCAACCAUUGGCGAAUGGCAGAAGGACCCCAGCAAUCCAAAUUAUGAGGCUCUAAAGGAGGUUCGGAGUUUCGAGCUGCCCAGCGAGGAUGGACCCAGGAGGAACUACACAUACUACGUCAAGUGCCGGCCUGGCACGCACGAGUUUCUGAACAAGGUGUCCAACCUAUUCGAAAUGCAUGUCUACACCAUGGCCACGCGAGCUUAUGCUGAGCACAUUCUCAAGAUCAUCGACCCCAAGAAAAACCUGUUUGGCAACCGCGUCAUCAGCAGGAACGAAAACAAGGGUAUCGAAAAGACACUACAACGAAUAUUCCCCACCAGCACCAAGAUGGUAGCUGUUAUCGACGACCGCACCGAUGUUUGGCCACAAAAUAGGUCAAAUGUGAUCAAGGUGGUGCCUUACAACUUCUACAUGAUUGGAGACAUCAACUCGACUUUUUUGCCAAAGCGACGUGAUAUAAUCCCUUCAGGAACGCCGGUAAAGGGUUUCUUGGUCAAUGGCCGAAAUAAUGAGGCCUCCGCGUCCGACCAGCCGUCGAACGCCGCGAUGGCGGAACCGAAAGAAAUGACCGAGAAGGAGCUCAAGCAGCAAAAUGUGGAGCAGGCCAAGUCGUUGGAGAAGCAGGUCAUGGACCGACCGAUUCUGCACAUGCAGGAACAGCUGGACAAGGAUAACGAAGUGGCCGCUAACAGAAUGGAGGGCGCCGAUGAGUCGGAUUCAUCCGCACCUGCACCACAAGUUCAUAUGCUUUUCAACGAUGAUGACGACGAACUACAUUACCUCGAACAGCAUCUUUCCAAGCUUCACCAAGCUUGGUGGGCCGACUAUGACGCAACGAUUGCGAAGAAGCGUGCCGAGAGGUUGGCUAGCCUUCGGCAUCGUGGAAUCGUCGGACAGGCUGCCGAACAAAGGACUAACGACUACCUCGCCGAGAAUCCGGUGCCGCUGCCAGACGUUGCCAAUCAUCUAGGCGCGUUAAAAUCAGAGGUCCUUAGGGGUACACGAAUCGUGCUCUCUGGCAUCAUUUCACUGAAGGAAGACCUGGAGACGUGUGAGAUUGGGAGGCAAGUCCGAAGUUUCGGCGCUGAGUUGCUUCCAAAGGUCUCACCUGAUGUCACGCAUCUUGUUGUCAAAAAGGCUCGGCUGGGUACUUCAAAGGUUUCGCAGGCUGAAAAGAUUCCGAGCAUAAAGAUCGUUGAAUCAAGCUGGCUAGUGCAGUCUAUGGUGCAAUGGAAGCACCUCGACGAAGGUCCGUUCUUGGUGGAUAGACGGGGCUCCCAACGUGAACCUGUCGUGUCGGCCAACCCAGACGGUACAGACGCAGAGUUGGAUUCGGAUGCUGAGGCAGACACGGAAGGAGACGGCAGUAGUGCUUCAGAAAAUAAGACAAGGCCCCUGAAGAUCAUCAUAUCCAAGCCUGGCGCAGGUAGUGCUGAUGAAGACAGUGGCGAAGGUCUGGAAGGUGGAGACGACGAUGAUUUGCCCGGGGCUCCUGGUAGCCCAAUCGACCAGUUGAAGUCUUUUGACUGGAGCACUGCUGACAAGGAGAUGGCGGAGUUUCUCGGUGAUGAUGAUGACGAUAGCGACAGCGAAGAUGAAGACGACAAUGAUGGGAACUACAGCGAUAACGCAAGCACCGUCUCAGACUCGACUGACGCCGAGAAGUCUGGACGUCAAAAUGCUGCCACAAGAAAACGCAAGAUGGUUCGCGACGACGUGACCGACUCGGAGGACGAGUCAAGGUUAUCGGGGAAGCAUAGCACCAAAAAGCAGAGGGUGGCAUUGCGGUCGUCAUCUAAGCUAAGGGAGGUGCGAAUUCCUGGUGACCAGACACCUGGCCAUUUACCGACCCCACGAGUCACGGGUGAUGGCGAGGAUGAGAAGCACGCAGAGAGCAACUCAGCCAACGGCAGCCCGAACCUGCUGCCGUCCAAUGCAGAGGAUGUAGUUGCAUCCGACAUGGAGGACUAUGACGACAUGGAAGCGGAUCUGAUGGCGGCCCUCGAGGCCGAGGAGAUGGAGGAUUCUAGUCUGUAA